UAAAAAGCUGAAUUUUUUUUGUUUAAUUUGUCCCACUUUUCUUUCUCUUCUCCUUUGUACCCGCCGUUUCACUCGCUCAGUCAUAUCUCUCUCUUUCUUUUUUCUCUUUCUCUGUGAACUCUGCCUUUUGAGUUUAGCUGAUCAUAUCAUCAAUGCCGCCAUAACCCUAGAAGAAAACCAGUUAGCUAAAAGUAACAUACGGGUUGCAACUUUUCUUUCAAAUUCCCUCACUUUCUCUCUCAGUUCUCUCUGGUGAAACAAAAGAGAAGAACAAUGAAGAAACCCCAUUUUGUGGGUUGUCUGCUUUUUGGGUUUCUUUCAGUCCUUUGCUUCUUCACUUUACAGGUUUCUUCUCAGCCCAGCCGUGACUCUUCAGUCAUGGAAAAGCUAAAAACAAGCCUAAAGAUCCCUUCUUCCCUCAACUGGUCUGAACCUGACCCUUGCCUAUGGGCUAAAGUUACUUGUGAAAAUAGCAGGGUCAUCAGGAUCCAAAUACCGAGCGAAAAUGUUGGUGGAACCCUUCCUCCUGAUCUCAAGAACCUUUCUCAACUUAUCAUCUUUGAAGUCAUGAACAACCAAAUCAUUGGAGCAAUCCCAAGCCUUGCUGGGUUAAGCCAGUUGGAACAAGCUAACUUUCACAACAACAAUUUCUCAUCUUUCCCUUCAGAUUUCUUCACUGGCUUAACUUCAUUGACUGCUAUUUAUCUUGACUACAACCCUUUCGAACCUUGGGAGAUUCCAGAGAGCGUAAAGGAAGCAACUUCUUUGAAAACUUUCUCUGCCAACAAGGCUAACAUUAAAGGCAGAUUUCCAGGUUUGUUUGAUCCUGUUACUUUUCCAACCUUGACAGAACUGCAUUUGGCUAUGAACAAUCUUGAAGGAGAAUUGCCUGCCGAGUUUGCGGGUUCUAUGAUUCAGUCUUUGUGGGUUAAUGGGCAGAGUUUGAAUGGGACAAUUGAAGUGAUACAGAACAUGUCUUCUUUGACAGAGGUAUGGUUGAACUUGAACCAAUUUUCAGGUCCCUUACCUGAUUUUUCAAUGUUAACUCAGUUGAGGAACCUGAGUUUGAGAGAUAAUCAGUUCACUGGUGUUGUUCCUUUGUCUUUGGUUAAUUUGAAGUCACUUUAUAUUGUUAAUUUGACUAAUAAUAAACUUCAAGGGCCAACGCCUAAAUUUGCUGAUAAUGUACUUGUGGAUACGAUUGCUGAUAGUAAUAGAUUUUGCUUGGAUCAUCCCGGUGAUGCUUGCGAUAAGCGUGUUACUAUAUUGUUAUCCAUCAUGGAAGCUGUUGGUUAUCCAGCGACUUUUGCUGAUAAUUGGAAAGGGAAUGAUCCUUGUAAUAAUUGGCUAGGUAUCACUUGUACUCAAGGAAACAUUGUAUCUGUUCUUUUUCCGAACAAGGGGCUUACCGGUACAAUUUCUAGUAAUUUUGCUAAUCUUACUUCAUUGAUUAAUUUGGAUCUUUCGGGUAAUAAUCUUACUGGGACAAUACCAACAGAGCUCACUACGUUGCCAAAUCUCACUCGAUUGGAUGUUUCAAACAAUAGGCUUUAUGGGAAAAUACCGUCUUUUAGGCAAAAUGUUGAUAUAAUAACUGUGGGAAACCCUGAUAUUGGAAAAGAUAGGGUUCCUACACCAGAAGGCAGGUCCCCUGGUAGAUCUCCUGGUGGAUCUCCUGGUGGUGGGGGUGGUGGUAGUUUUUCUGGGAAUGGUGAAAAGAAAUCCAAUACAGUGACGGUUGUGGGUUCUGUAAUUGGUGCGGUUGGUGGCUUGGGUCUUCUUGUUUUGGGUAUAUGUUUGUAUGCUAGAAAGGGAAAGCGUACUAGUAGGGUACAGAGUCCAACUACACUACUCAUACAUCCUCAUGAUUCUGGUGACCAAGAUGGAGUUAAGAUCACCAUUGCGGGAUCGAGUGUCACUGGUGGAAGUGAAACUUUCAGCCACACGAGCAGUGGACCAAGUGAUCUUCACUUGGUUGAGGCUGGUAACAUGGUAAUCUCAAUUCAAGUUCUGAGGAAUGUGACAAAUAAUUUCAGUGAGGAAAAUGUGUUAGGAAGAGGUGGUUUUGGUACAGUUUACAAAGGAGAAUUGCAUGAUGGAACAAAGAUUGCAGUGAAAAGGAUGGAGUCUGGUGUUGUGAGUGAGAAGGGUUUGGCUGAGUUUAAGUCUGAGAUUGCAGUUCUUACUAAGGUUCGACACCGCCAUUUAGUUGCGCUUCUUGGAUAUUGCUUGGAUGGAAAUGAGAGGCUUCUUGUUUAUGAAUACAUGCCUCAAGGGACCCUUAGUAGGCACCUAUUCAACUGGAAGGAUGAAGGGUUGAAACCGCUUGAAUGGACUACACGACUUACAAUUGCCCUGGAUGUGGCUCGAGGUGUUGAGUAUCUACAAUGUCUGGCACAACAGAGUUUCAUUCAUCGAGAUCUUAAGCCAUCAAAUAUUCUUCUUGGAGAUGAUAUGCGUGCCAAAGUUGCAGAUUUUGGCUUGGUUCGUCUAGCUCCUGUUGAUGGUAAACAGUCAGUUGAAACAAGACUUGCAGGAACAUUUGGGUAUUUGGCACCAGAGUAUGCAGUUACCGGACGAGUGACCACAAAGGUGGAUGUAUUUAGCUUUGGUGUGAUCCUCAUGGAAUUGAUCACGGGCCGAAAGGCACUUGAUGAAACUCAGCCUGAGGAUAGUUUACACCUUGUAACAUGGUUCCGUAGGAUGUACCUAAACAAGGACACAUUCCGGAAGGCCAUUGAUGAAACCAUUCAGCUUGAUGAGGAAACGCUUGCCAGUAUUAGCACAGUGUCUGAGCUGGCUGGCCACUGCUGUGCAAGGGAGCCCUACCAGAGGCCAGAUAUGAGUCAUGCGGUCAAUGUGCUGUCAUCACUAGCAGAGCUCUGGAAACCGGUGGAACCUGAUUCUGAUGACAUAUAUGGCAUUGACCUUGAAUUGACUUUACCACAAGCAUUGAAAAAGUGGCAAGCUUUUGAGGGAAAUAGCAAUUUGGAUGACUCUUCGUCAUUUCUGGCUAGUACAGACACUACAACCAGUAUACCAUGCCGGCCAUCUGGGUUUGCCGAUUCUUUUGCAUCGGCAGAUGCUCGAUGAAAGAGAUAAAAAAUGGGGCAAGUUCUAGUGUCAACUGAUGGUUUUGAGACGUUUGGGUUUGUUCAUUCCUUCUACUUGUUCAUUUCUCAUUGUAAGGUUUGCUCUCCUCUGUUAUAUUUUGUUGGAGAUGAUUUCUUUCUCCCCUCUAUUUCUCUUUAGUUUGAACAGUUUAAAAUUUUCCGAUGUCUUUUAGAAGUUUUAAAAACGCAAUCAAGAAAGGGCCGAUCGUAAAUGUCUAUUCCUUUCAGUCUUUAACUCUACUUCUGUUAGCUUCCUAUCGUUGUUCAAGCUUUGUUUGCAUCUGAUAGUUUGUAUUCUCAUAUUACAGAUAUUAUAAGAUAAGAUGUUAAGCAGCUGUUUCAAAGUAAUCUUUUCUCAAGAUUUGACAUUGGCAGUUGUAGUUUGUUGUAUGUUUGAAAAUUUCAUGGCGAUGCCUUGUCGAUGCUGAUUAGGAUAAGGAUUAAACUAUAGUAGGUUAGAACACUGCUUCAUUAACUUUUUUUUUGUUUUUCCAACUGAAAGAUACUUUUAUCUGUCAUGUUCAUUUUUAUAACUUAUGUUUUCCCCCAUGUGCUGUAAUGAAUGUAAAAUUUAAGCAUUGUUUUGUAUGGUGUAUCGCUGCCAUGAAAGGAGGGAGUUUGAAACUUGCAUGUUUGGUUUAUGGUAUUGGAUUCAUUUACUUAAGCCACGUGCCACAGGGAAAGUGGCUUUCAUGAUCAAACUUUUAUAUGAAGCCCCAGCCUUUGUGCCAUGUGUCAUAAAUGCAUUGGCCGGGUUGAUGAUUUUAGUUGAAUAAGUCAACCAACUCCCAUUAAUCCAACCUAAUGCUGAAAUAAUGAGGUUUCUUUAAGGCUCUCAGCAGGCCCUGGUGAAAGGUAUUCCCUCUGUUCACAGGUUUUUGGUGAAGGAAUGAUGUGAGCAGAUUGAGACACUCCAUGGAACACGCAAACAGCUCAUCCUCACCCAAGACUGUCCGAUAAAUCUAUGCCGUUUGUCUUAUCUGAUAUCUCAAUGGCCGGACACAUGUCAAUCACAGAGUGGUUGUAUGUCUACAUGUACUGCAUGCCAGCUGUAUUUGUUGCCAACAUUAUUCUCCACCUUCAGACAAAGGCACCUAACGUGGGGGUGCAUCCCUCAAUGUCUUAAUCUUUAAAUCCACACUGCCAAUCAUCAGCAUUUUUUCUAACAAUAGCGGAUUUUGUGGCCCUUAUUUGAAGUAUGAUGUUGACUUAAUUAGUCAUUAUCAUAUGUAUCCCCACUUAAUUUGCCGCAUUUUCAGCCUACCAUUUUGCUCUUAAUUUUUUUACUUUUACAAACCAAAACCGUUUUG